AUGUUGCUUGGUACCAUCUUUUGUGAGGUAUUGGAUGAGCGUGGACACAGGAGCAGCAGAGCAGGUUGUGGCUCUGAUGUGAGCAGUGCAUUCAUCAUCUGCUCCUCUGCUGAGUGCAAACAGGAGCCACAGCUGCCACUCACCUCCACAGACUGCAGGAGGUGCAGCCGUCGCUUCUCGUUGUGGGUUUUGACAAAAGUGGAAAUGAACACCUCGGAGCACCCGCCUGGACUCCUCCACAUGAAGUGCAUUGCAUUACCUGCGGUGUGGAUAUUACAGACACCACGGAGGAAAAUCCAAUGUUUUACAAUGGCACACCCUUGCCAGAACACAGCCCCUGACCCAGUGAAACGAGAGAGCGACGAUCUCCAACUCAAAGUCGACUUCUUCAGAAAACUCGGCUACUCUUCCAAAGACGUGAAGUCCGUCCUGAGGAAGCUCGGCCCAGACCCGGACACCAACGCCGCCCUGGGAGAAUUGGUUCGGAUCGGGGCCCGGCCAGCUCCCCACGUUACGAACUCAGACAACAAUGAGAAGAGCGCCUGGUCCAAGUACUCUCUGAUGCCUUCGAGCUGGACCUCCGGGACUUCCCAAAACAUUCCCGAAGCUGUGCAGAAGAAACCUACAGAUGAGGAGCUCCGGCCCAUUGUCAUCGAUGGCAGCAACGUGGCCAUGAGCCACGGAAACAAAGAGACUUUCUCGUGUCGGGGCAUUCAGCUGGCUGUCAACUUCUUCCUGGACAGAGGUCAUAAUAAUAUCAAAGUGUUUGUUCCCAGUUGGCGUAAAGAGCAACCCCGACCUGACGCCCCCAUUAGAGAUCAAAAAAUCCUGACUGAUCUUGAGAAUCGUGGGAUCCUGGUCUUCACUCCUUCUCGACGUGUCGGGGGGAAGCUUGUGGUUUGCUACGACGAUCGCUACAUCGUGGAAGUAGCAGCCGAGUCUGAAGCUGUGAUUGUUUCCAACGACACUUACCGGGACCUUCAAGGAGAAAACUCUGAGUGGAAGAAGUGCAUCGAGGAGAGGCUUUUGAUGUAUUCCUUUGUGAAUGACAGAUUCAUGCCCCCAGAUGACCCGCUUGGUCGCCAUGGCCCUAAUCUUGAUAACUACCUUCGGAAAAAGCCGCUCCCGACAGAGCCAAAACGACAGCCUUGUCCUUAUGACAAAAAGUGCACUUAUGGCAUCAAAUGCAAGUACUAUCACCCAGAGCGGACAAAGCAGUCCUACAGGCAUGUGGCGGAUGAACUGCGAGAUAAAGCCCAGAUUUCUUCAAAUGAACCAUGUUCCCAGUCGUCACCAACGCUUUAUUUGGGAGAGACAGAGUCUGUCAAAAGCUUUCCAGGUGGUGACAACUUGGCCUUCAGGGAUUCUUCCUGGAGCGGUCACAGCGAGGAACACAGUCAGAGCGAGUGGGCGGGUCAACAUCAUUACUAUGUCAACGGCUCUCAGGAGUACUUGGACUCCGGACUUGGCUCUUAUGACAGUCACAGCAACUCCCCCUGGCCGUGGCCCCAGACGCAGAGCAGUGGAUCCAGGCACGCCUCUAUGCAGGAGAAAAAUAACACCAGCCAGUUGAGCCACUACUACACCCCCCACAUAUCCACCGGGCAGCAACCUGCGAGACACAUGGAGGGGCAGCCCAAAUACAACUCCUACCCCUAUCCAUGCAGCGUUCCAAACAAAGGAAGCCUCCACAUUCCUUUUCAAUACAACAGUGCCCCUCACUAUGAGCAGAAUUACUUUUCAGAUCCAUAUGGCAUGUCACUCUCAAAGGCAGCUGCCUCAGCGACAACUCACCACAACAGACUGUACAAUUACCCCCAGUACAGCCCCUGGGCUCAGCCAACCACCCGCGACGAAGGCGACCAAGACCGGAUGGAGCCGCGCAGUUUGUUAAAAGCCAUAUUUCAUCCCAAAGAUGUUGAUGAAGUCAUGAAAAUGUUCCCAGAUCUUACGGAUCCUGAAAAGCUUGCAGUGGAGAUAGUGAAAGUAAAUGCUCAAAGAGGACUUUCCCAUAAUAAGUAG